AUGAGAGCUCAUAUGGAACCAGCCCCUCGCCAGAAAUGGUCGGAGCAGUCGAGCCGCCGCCGAAAGCAGCCCAGCCUGUACGAUGAAUACCUCAACCAGGAGCGCUCCGCCAUGUCUCAGAGCCAGCCAGUAUCACAGAGCAUCAUACAGACAACCACCGAAGCGCGCGAACAGCACUUCCCCGGACCUCGAUCUGCUCGCAGCGAUAACACAAUCCGCACCGUGACACCUGACUCGGUCGUUGAAGAGACGACCAUCAACAUCGAGGGCCACGUGCUGGGCUCUUCGCCCCGGACCAGUCUCAAGAGAGAUCGCGAUAGUCCUCGUUCCCUACUACUUGCCCGCAGUGAGUCGACCGAUAAUGCGCGCAAUCGCUUGCAGUACACCUCGACCUCGGCCACCCGUCGCAAUCGUACGAGGACGCUAGAUGAGGGCGCCUCACGCGAAGUGUCGCCUGCUUCUGCUCUCCAUCCCGGUAGCCGUCUGCGCCAUGGCUCGAUCCACCUCACCGGUAGCGAAACCACCUCGACUCAGGUCGCCUCCACCUCGUCCUUCGAUCCCUCGCAAUCAACGUCGUCGUCCGCUUCAAAACGUCCGCGCUCGCCCAUCUCGUCGUCUGACGCCGCCAGUGUCUCCGGUGCCUUGCCCAAUUCAAGCGCUCGCCGAAUUCUACAUCUUAUGAAGACAUUAUGUGGUCGUAUGUCGGGUACCCUUUGGUUCCGUCGUGGCGCUUCAGCAAUGUGGCUCCAGUCAUACUGCUACAUUCAGGAGGACACGGGCAGUCUGCUGUGCGAGGCUGAUGUUAGCUCGCCACAGAAUCGCACUUUGAUCCCUGAUCUACGCGGUUGUCAAGUGCGCACUGCCAUGGAUGAAGACACUCAGAUGCCUUAUCUUGACAUUUCAGUGCCAAACUCGACAUUGCAAUUGCAUGUUCGUCUGAAAGAUCGCAAAGACUUUGACUCGUGGUUUGCCGCUCUACUCUGUUGGCAGCCAAUUCGGCCGAGAGGUAUCCACAACAAGAUGACAAAACCUCAGACUCCUGUUGUGCAAGGCAUCACCUUGACUGACAGCAGACGUAACUCUGAGAUGUCUCUUACACUAAAAGAAGCCCCAAUCAUCAAGGUUGGCCCUAUGAUAUACUGGGAUAGCAACAUUUCAUACGCCAACGCUGGCACGCCGAGAUCACUCAAACCUUCACCUUCGCGCUUCCAGAGCUAUGGCUCGCACUGGUGGAGGCGCGUGUCAUGUACGCUGCGUGAGAAUGGAGAACUCAAACUCUACGCAGAAUCCGGUUCGACUCUUCUAUCUGUUGUUCAACUUUCCCAGCUCUCUCGCAGCGCUGUCCAAAGAUUGGAUCCUUCUGUCUUGGACAACGACUUUUGCAUUGCCAUCUAUCCUCAAUACACAUCCGGCGCCACCGUCACGACCGCCAUCCGACCCAUAUACCUAUCUUUGGAAACCCGUGUGCUCUACGAAGUUUGGUUUGUUUUGUUGAGAGCUUUCACGAUACCACAACUCUAUGGACCUAAACCUAAUGGCCAUUCUGACGAAUCUGCUAUUAUUCCUGAUACCCCUUCAUCUGCUGCCUUCGAUAACAUGAUGGCUAAUGAGAAGAUUGAAAUGUUCCGCAUGGAGCGCGCUUUAUCCAUUCGCAUAAUUGAAGCCAAAUUGCCGCACGCUCCAUUGAGCUCAUUGGCUGAAUUCAACCACCACCAUUCAAAUCGCCAUAAUAACAAUGCGACAAACAAGCCCGAGCUCUCGGACGGCUACUAUGUUGAGAUCCAUCUGGACGGUGAAACCCGAGGCAAGACACAAAUCAAACAUGAAUCAAUGGCGCCCUUCUGGCGAGAGGAGUUCGACUACUUAGAUCUGCCCGCCGUCCUUACUUCCGCUUCCGUCCUAUUGAAGCGCCGCCCACCUGAUCUCUCGAGCCCUCGCGAACAACACGAACUCCGCCUUGUGCAUGACGCCUGGCUGGACCCUUCGCAGAAGACUGGUGGUUCCGCGCCCGUACAAAACGAUCAAAUACUGGGCAAAAUUGAGAUAUAUCUCGAAGAAUUAGAAGCCAGCAAAGAAGUCGAAAAGUGGUGGCCAGUCAUGAACCAGCAUGACGAAAACGUUGGCGAGAUCUUGAUCAAGGCUCGUGCGGAAGAAAAUGUCAUUCUCAUGGCUAAGGACUACAAGCCCUUGAACGAUUUAUUGCAUAAUUUCUCAAACGAACUCACGUUGCAGGUCGCUCAGAUGAUCCCGACAGAAUUAAGGCGGUUAUCGGACUUGCUGCUGAACAUCUUUCAAGUAUCUGGCCAGGUCACUGAGUGGAUCAUGGCUCUGGUCGAAGAAGAGAUUGACGGAGUACACAAAGAGACGCCUGUUUCUCGCAUGAGAUAUACUCGUCGCAUGGCAAACAGCAACAAUGAGGCAGACGCAAAUGUCACUGCUGCUAGCGAGCGAGAGCUAAUGGUUCGCGACAUGAACAAGAACGCCACACUGGAAGCAAACUUGCUCUUCCGCGGAAACACACUACUCACCAAGUCUUUGGACUCACACAUGCGCAGAGUAGGCAAGGAAUACCUCCUCGAAUGCCUUGGUCCCAUCAUCAUGGACAUUAAUGAGAAAGACCCCGAUUGCGAAGUUGAUCCCAACCGAGUAACGAACCAGCAUGAUCUAAAGAAGAAUUGGGACAGGCUGAUCAACUGUACCAAAUCCGUCUGGAACACAAUCAAAAUUAGUGCCAGAAACGCCCCUCCAGAGCUGAGAGUCAUCUUCAGACACAUCAGAGCUUGCGCAGAAGACAGAUAUGGCGACUUUUUGAGAAGUGUCAGCUACAGCAGUGUUUCUGGUUUCUUGUUCCUGCGCUUCUUCUGCCCAGCAGUUCUGAACCCUAAGCUGUUUGGCCUUCUCAAGGAUGAUCCCAAACCUCGCGCUCGCCGAACAUUUACCCUGAUUGCAAAGUCACUACAAGGCCUUGCAAACAUGGCUUCGUUUGGUAGCAAGGAACACUGGAUGGAACCUAUGAAUGCCUUCCUCACAGACCAUCGGGAAGCUUUCAAGACUUUCAUCAACGAUAUCUGUUCAAUCUCUGCUCCAGACGGCAUGAUCGGCCAGAAGCCGACCUCAUACUCAACUCCUCUGGCUAUCCAAUCCCGACUUCCGAUGACCAGCCGGGAAGGAUUCCCCAGCCUGCCAUACCUCAUUGACCAAAGUCGUGAGAUCGCAAGCCUGGUUGAACUCUGGCUACAUGGUACGACCAACGGAAGUGAAGCAGAAUUGUUAGCAGGACAGAUUGGUAAAGAAGAUGGCGAUCUCUUGACAUUCCACAAACUUUGCAAAACCCUCGAUGCCCAGACAAAGGAGUGUCUGUCUCGUGCCGAGCGCGCCGAGCGCCCUAACUCUGCGCUCAGCUUCCGCUGGGAGGAGCUUAUCGACCAGUUGCAAACUACAUCACUGCUGGACAAUGGCGCUCGUAUUGAUGAUGCGCUCGACGUAUCAACUCGCGACUCCUUCGAUGACGUGAGCCAGGCUGCUCAGCUCGAUUCGGCAAGAGGCCGGGGGUACAGCGCUGGAGGAGUCGGACUUGGUCGCUACAGCGCAGAUACCGAAGGCCAUCCACCACCAUCUUGGGAAGAAGAUCGCGACGGCGGUGCUCAAACAGCAGCUGUGAGUAUUCUGAGCCACGACAACAACCGCCACUUCGACAAAACUAGCUUUGAUGUAGCGAGACCAGGGACAUCGACCGCCUCGGUCUCGGCAUCUGGCUCAUACAGCAACAAUAUCGGCGCUGGAUUCAUGCGUGAAGGCAAUUCAGCACUUCCACGCGACCUCACCUCUGCAAGCCUGAACCUACACUUCCCUCAACGGGACCGCGAGCGCAAGUCUACAGAACGACCUCGCGACGGUAGUGUCAGUGGCAGUGUGGUCAGUAGCGAAACAGACACCACGACUGCAUUGCCCAGUCUUGCGCGCGAACGCGAGAGACGAGAGCGCGAAAAGGAGAAGAAGGAAAAAGCCAAGCGCGAAGAAAGAGAACGACGACUCAAAGACUUUAUACCCGGCCUCACCGGCUUACGACGAAAGAACGAGCAAAAGGACAAGGAUAAAGACAAGGAGUGA